AUGGCCGACUCCGAGGGCGAAAUCGAAGAUGAUGCACGACUGCUCGAAGGCGAUGAGGCCACACAUGCACAAGAAAGUCCUUCUGGCGAUCGGCACGAGAGUCAAUCCAAUAUGGAGAAGUUCGAGGAGCUAUCGGGCAACAUUAAAGAUGGUUUUUCUUCGCUUGGCGAAUUGUUGACAGAUCUGAUGCAACAAAAAUCACGAGGCAAGCGCUCCCGCCAAAAAUCAAGGUCUUCCUCGCCGGCCUCGGCUGACGGCGACCAUACAACCAGCCCUAAACGGGCAAGGCUUGAGGAUGAACAGAACGACGACGUAGCUGUGUUGCUUGGCGAGUCCCAGCCCCAGGGGGAAAACUCUGGCAAUGACAAUGAAAAGGAGUUUGGCGCAAUUUUGGACAGUGUUGUCCAAGAGCUGGACGAAGAACAGUUGGGGCCUCAUGUGUCCGAGAAGCUUGCCGAAGUUAGUAAUAAAACUCUGCGCUCAAAAUUGAGCGAGGAAAAACUUAAAGAAAAGCAAAACGCUUACCCUAGACCACAAAAUUGUGAAUCACCAGAAACUACUCGGGUUAAUCCAGAAAUCUGGGCACAACUACAAUCUUCAACCAGAUCUCGGGACAUACGUCUCCAGAAAGUACAAAGCCUCUUGCUGAAAGGGCUACUGCCAUUAGUUCAGCUCCUUGAAAAUUGUCGACAAUCGGAUGAUAGGUCGACUGAUAAAGGAAAAAUCAUCAAGCUGGCUCUUGACUCAGUAAGCCUAGUCGCUCAUGCAAAUGUAGAGCGCAAUAGCCGGCGAUGA